AUGGGUGAGGCGUUAUCAGAAGACUAUCAACUUGGCGUUGAUGUGGGUGGAACGUUCACUGAUGUCUGUGUUUUCACUCCUCACGGACAAACGGUUCGAGCCAAAGUUCCUACCACUCAAAAGGAUCAGAGCAUCGGGAUCAAGAAUGGCAUCAACAAGGCCAAAGGUAUAUUGAAGCAGAAGUAUGAUUACGAUGGCUCUUUUGAUUUCAUUCACCAUGGCACGACGACUGCCACUAAUGCCAUUCUCGAAGGUAAAGGUGCUAAAACUGGCCUGGUGGUGACCCAGGGACACAAGGACAUUCUGGCCAUCCGACGAUCACAAAUCCCCGGCCAUCUUGGAGCAUGGCUGAUGUAUAACCCCCCGGAUCCUGUUGUCCCGUUGCAGCGGACCAUUCAGUGCAAGGAGAGGAUGUCUGUCCAUGGCGAGUCUGUGGAGCCGGUCGAUGUCGAGCAGCUCAAGGAAGACCUGGCAGAUCUUAAGCGACAAAAGCCCGAGGCGAUUGCGGUCUCACUCCUUAAUUCAUAUACAAACGGAGAACACGAGAAGCAAGUUGCCAAGGUGUUGAGAGAAGAGUUUGGACCGGAUGUCGAUAUCGUAUGCUCGAGCGACGUCCUCAAAGAAGCUGGAGAAUACGAGAGGUCUGUCACAACGGCGGCCAACUCACUCGUGAUGCCAAUCGUCAAGAAGUAUCUCGGCAACCUGGAGUCGACGUUGAAGAAAGACAGCGACACCAUCCGGAUCUUGAAAAGCGAUGGAGGUCUGACCAGUCUUGAGGUUGCCGGCGAAUUCCCUGUCAGCAUUCUCAUGUCAGGUCCUGCAGGAGGUGUCAAGGGUGCUGCGGACGCCAUCUCACAGCAUACUCCAUACAAGAAUCUCAUCACUCUCGAUAUGGGUGGAACAAGUACUGAUUGUGCUGUCAUUCAUCAGGGCAGUCCAAGACUCCGUCGAGAGACCAUCAUCGACGAGCUACGAGUCAGAUCGCCCGCCAUCGACGUCAAGACUGUGGGCGCAGGUGGUGGGUCAAUCGCCACCUACAUGGACCUGACCGAAACUCUGCGCGUUGGACCUGAAAGCUCUGGAGCCGAACCUGGGCCUGCCUGCUACGGCAAAGGGGGGACGCAAGCCACAGUCACUGAUGCUAAUCUGGUUCUGGGUCGACUACCGCAGCAGUUGCUUGGCGGAGAGUUCGAGCUGGACGUGGAAGCCGCUCGAGUCGCUGUUUCCAAAGUAGCUGACCAGAUGGGCAUUCCUGUUGAGCAAGCGGCCGAGGACAUCAUCAACAUCGUGAACGAGACUAUGUUUGGUGCAGUUCGAGUGGUUUCGGUUGAACAGGGGUUCGAUCCGCGCGACCAUGCUUUCGUUGCAUUUGGUGGCGCUGGCCCGAUGCAUGCGAAUGCCAUCGGCGAACUCCUGGGCGCCUGGCCCGUCAUCGUUCCUCCCAGUCCUGGCGUUCUGUGUGCUCAAGGCGAUGCCACGACCAAACUGAGCCACGACACAUCAGAAUCCUAUAUCAAGCUUCUGUCCAGCACAUCUAUCGACGAGAUUCGGCCCAAGUUCAGGGCUCUUCAAGACAACGGCGUUGAAUUCAUGAAAAAGUCGAUGCCUGGACAUAAGGGUCUGGAGCUCCAGGCUGUAUUCCAGGCCGAUCUUCGAUACAAGGGACAAGCUCUCACUCUCACUGUCGACUUUUCUGAACGCGACAUUGGCCUUGAUGACCUGCAGUGGAAGAAUGUUUUGCGCAAGAAAUUCGACGCCCUUCACGAGCAGCAGUUCACCUACUGCCUUGCGAAUUUCGAGCUUGAAAUCAUGCGUAUCGGCGCUCUGAUCACCGAUGCUUCUCCAGAGAUGCAGAUUCCUCGUGUCCAGAAAGCUGAGGCUUCCGAGCCCUCUGCUGAUGCUCUGAUUCAGAAGCAGCAAAUUAUCGUUGAAGGCAAAAAGGUCGAGGCCACGUUUUGGAACCGUGAAAAGAUCACCAUGGAAGGCAUUGUGAUCCCAGGCCCGGCCGUCAUUACCGAGAUGGACGCCAAUACACUCAUUCUCCCUGGCUACGUGGGUAGGAUCGACUCUAUCGGCAACAUAGUAAUCAAUCCAGUCGAAGAGAAGAAGCGGGAAGCGCCAAAUCUUGAGGCGGGGGCUGCGAAGGCUCUUGUCAAAGAUGUGCCUUUGAUCCCUACACUCAUCGCGUCCACAUUGGCAUCUAUUCGAAGCGAGAUGGACACAUUGAUGUUGCGAUGUGCAAUGUCGCCAGCCAUUAGGGAGCAGCAGGACGAAUUCAAUGUCAUCACCAACCCCGAAGGUAAGAUGUUGGUUGGCCAAUUUGGUUCCUUCAUUGGCCAAUUCUUGGACGCGUGGGAAGGCAAACCAAUUGAAGAAGGUGAUGUCUUUGUGACGAAUGAUGUCUACCAGAUAAAGGGGGCUGUUUCUCAUCUCAACGACGUGAUUGUGCUUUUCCCGAUCUUUUACGACCACAAAUUAAUUGGCUGGUCUAGCCAAUUUGGCCAUUUGACAGAUGUCGGUGGCAAGGUGGCGGGCUCUAUGUCCAUUGAAGCCAAUAGUAUCUUUGACGACGGCGUCCAGAUUCCGUGCAUCAAGCUCUACAGCAAGGGUAUCAUGAACGAUGACCUUGUGGAGCUUCUCUGCCGCAACUCUCGUGAACCCGACUGGUAUCGUAGCGACUUGACUGCCAUUGUGGCUGCUACAAGGACCGCUGCUGGUCGUGUGUGUGAGUUAAUUGACAGAUUUGGUGUUGAACUUUACAAAGCGUCGUGUGACGAACUUUUGCAUCGCAACCGCGUGGCCAUGUCUAGGAUCAUUGACUCGACUUUUACGAGCGAAAAGGCAACUUUUACCGACUUUGUGGAUGAUGACGGCCACGGGGUAGGUCCGUGGGCUGUGACGUGCACAACUCAUCGCACGGACGAGGGCAAGCUGAGAUGGGACUGGUCAGGCACUUCUCCGCAGAGCGACCAUAGCAUCAACUACUAUUUCAGCGAGGUUAUGUUCAAGAUGUUCUUGGGCUACUAUCUGAUCGCCGCUGCAGCUCCUGGGACGGUCAUCAAUGAUGGCUUCCACGAUCUAAUCGAGGUUUACAUUCCAGAGGGUUCACUCCUCAAACCUGUCAGGCCAGCCCCGGUCUCCUGCCGAACCCACUUUCUGGGCCGCACGCUGGACAUUAUCCAAGCUCUGAUCGGCCAGCGCAACGACAACUACAAGACCGCCGCUGGCUUCAGCGACUCGCCGCAUUUCUACUACUCCGGCUUCAAACCUGACGGGGAAUGGUUUCUGUUGUACCAGAUUGGAUUUGGCGGCGUUCCUGCUCGCCCAGCCGGAGAUGGGCCUGAUUGCCACUGCUUGUGGCCCGCCAUCAAAUCGAUUCCGACCGAAAGCAUUGAGCUCAAUUAUCCGCUGCGCAUCGAGGCGAACGAGAGCAUGGCCGAUAGUGGUGGGGCGGGCUUCUACCGUGGCGGAAACGCGCAGCGUACGCUAUACCGCUUUUUGGCCAAGGGCGAGUUCUCUCUGCACGACGACCGAUGGUUCACAAAGCCAUGGGGCAUCAAAGGAGGCCAGCCGGGGAUGCGGUCGCGCAAAAUCUUCUACGAAUACUCCAAAUCGGAGAAACCAACCCCUAGGCCUCUACCAUCGAAGUGCGAUCACGUCAAAGUUGCUCCUGGAGAUCUUCUCGAGUGGAUUACCUGGGGUGGAGGCGGCUUUGGUGAUCCGUUGACUCGUCCAGCUGAGAAAGUUGCCCUAGAGGUCCACCAGAGGCUGGUCACUCUGGAGGGCGCAAAGGAGAACUACGGGGUUGUUGUCGACCCGGCCGACUUUUCCGUCAAGAGCGGUGAGACGGAUACGCUGCGUGCGGAGAUCAAGGCGAAGAGGACUGGUGAUGCUCCUGCUUACGACCGUGGAGGUGAUUUGGCUACGCUGCAGAAGAACUGCCUUGAGGAAACUGGCUUGGAGCCGCCAAGGCGUCCUUGGGAGUUUGAACCAUAUGGACCCCAUACAGGUUUGAAGUAUGUUCAGGAGUGGUACAAGAAGAAGAGGGAGGAGAACGGUUGGGAGGGUAUCUAG